AUGGAGGGCGAGGAGACGAUCGCGACGGCGAGCGGAGGGGGAGGGGGGGGUGGGGACGCGGCGCGCGACGGCGCGAGGGCGUCGAGGGAGGGCGAGGGAUCGAGGGUGAAGGUGCAUAGUUUUUUUACGAAUUUCGCGAAGAGACGCAAAGCCGCGGCGACGGCGAGGGAGGGCGAGGGAGGGACGGUGAGGGAGACGCAGGCGGAAUUCGUGCGGGUGAAACCGGCACCGAUCGAGGAGGCGUUGGGACCGGUGCACGUGGGGUACGUGCCGAUCGCGUACGAACGGCGGACGGACGCGACGUCGACGACGGUUUCGUUUUCGACUCGCGUCGACGACGGCGAGAGACGUCCGAUGACGACGCACGCGUUCGAGUUGGUGCAACUCGGGCGAACCGCGCGAGAGGAUGUGACGGCGACGCGCGGUGGCGCCGUUUCACGGCCGUCGACGUCGACGGAGUCGGAGGAGGACGCGUACUUGGCGGACGUCGCCGUCGCGGCGAAUCGCGUCGACGUCGAGCUGGACGGUGUCGCGAUGGCGACCGAGAGCGAGCUCGCGCGUGCGCGAGGUGAAUGUAGGAAUGCGUUGUUAGGGUUGAAGGAACGCGGCGGUCAAAGUCAGGCUGCGUUUCAGUGGGUCGAUCGAUUCAAGCCGACGCGCGGUUCCGACACCAUCGGUCAAAACGCCGGCGUGGUGGAAUCGCUACAGAAUUGGUUUCGCGCUUGGCAGGGUCGCAUUGCGAUGCAGGCGAAAGGGAAAGUACCACCAUCGCCGUCGCGACCGUGCAUCCCUCGUAAGGUGUACGAUUCGGACGACGAAGAGUUUUGGCACAGCGACGAAGAAGAGGAUGACGGCCUCGGAAGCGGCGAAUCCGUGGCAAACGGCGUUUUGAUUAGUGGUCCGGUGGGAUGCGGUAAGACGGCCACGGUAUACGCGUUGGCGAAGGAGUUUGGAUUUAAAGUGCUCGAGGUGAAUGCGUUGGACAGACGCAGUGGUCAAGAAGUCUUGGGGCGAUUCACGGAGGCGACUCAAUCAAAGCGUUUCGGUAAAAAGGCGAAAGCCGGCGCUGAGCGGCCGGCGCCGGCGAAUGGUGGAUUGAAGGCGUUUUUUGGUGGCGCGAGCGAUGAUGAAACGAAACGAAAAGAAGCGAUUGCGGCGAAGACGAAAGAGGAUAACGAAAAAGCAGAUGCGCAAUCGUUGAUUUUGUUUGAAGAGAUUGAUAUUCAACUCGCCUCGGAGCGCGGAUUCAUGGCGGCGCUUUCGCAACUCGUCGAGAACACGAAGCGACCGAUUGUUUUUACGUCGAAUACGUCAAUUUUACCAGAUCUUUCGAUGAAUUUACCUCUGGCGCGUGUGCGAUUCGACGCGCCGGGCAUUCGCGAAUGUGCGACGUACGCCGCGCUCGUGUCAGCUGCGGCAAAGUCGGCGCUCAGACCGAGCGACGCGACGUCAAUUUCGCUCGCGUGCAAGGGAGAUCUGCGUAGAACUUUGCACAACGCUCAAUUUGCGUCGUUCAGCGACAGUGAAGUCCACUUUGACUCGAUCGCUAGCGAUCGUCACUCUACCGCGCUCAUCGACGCCGCUCGCGCCGCUGUGCUCGACGGCGUCAAGCAUUUGGGCGCAAUACCUGUCGACGCGGCAAAAGAGCUACACGCGAGUUUAGUCGAGCGAGAGCGAGCUGAUUUUGAGUCGAUGAUGCAUGAAGUGGAAUGUGGAUUGAUCAGGCACCAAUCGCGGUUGGCGCGUUGGGACGCCAUGAAAGAGGCGAAAAGAAUUGAACGAAUCGAGGCGAAGAAAAAGUUGCUCGGCAUUCCGGCGGACAAAAAUCCACUCGAUCUCGUGGACUCGACCAAGAAAGAAGUAAUCGUGGACGAACGCACAAAAGAAGACGAGGCCGAAGCUCGGAUUCAAGCCGCGCUCGCGGUGUUUGAGCCGCGAGUCCCCUUGCCAGCCCCCGAUUGGACGACCUUCGACGCCGAGGCGCCCGCGGGCGGGUGGGAUCGAGCGCGUGACGAACUCACCGCGCUAGCCGCGCUCGCGCGAUCGAUGUCGCAAGUUGAUGUGUUGCGAUCGGCGACGUGCGUCGGAAUCAUGGGUCCGUGUCGACGAGACGUGCCGUGGAGUAAGGAAACCAUCGGCGACGCGCAAGCGUUAGAAGAUUGCGCGCCGAGUGAAGAUUUCUACCUAAGCAACGGACCCGCGCGACAGACGCUCGGUGGAAGCGAUAAUGUGAGCGUAAUGGCGUCUGAAUUUAUAACGGUCCACUGCACGCAGCGUUACACGUCCACAAGGCUGUCGCUACGCGAAUCUCAUCCCGAAUCCGAGCCCACGGCGUUGCAACCGAUGUGCGCGCCGGCGACGCCAGUGAAGGCUUCCAAGCGUGCGCGAGGGUCUACUCGAGCUCCCUUGAUCAUUCAGAGCGGAUCUAUGCACUCGACGUGGCGCGCGCGAGUUCUCGCCGAAUCCGCGGGUGGGCACACGGUAAAUUCGAAGGAGACGACUGAUCGAUUGGGAUUCUUGUCGCGAAUGGUUCGCCUUCAGAGCGCGCCAAAGGCGCUCUCGUCGCCCAACUCUCGAGACUCGCGACGCCGCACCAGAAAUAGACGAAAACACUUGGCAUUAGCUAGCGAAACGCACGCCGAUUUGCUCGACAUUUCGAACUUUGGCGGUAGCAAUCAUAUGUAG